AUGAACUCACUAAUACCAAAAUUCACCACAAGAUCAAUAAUAACUCUAUCUAACUCGGCAACUAGACCUUCCGUACUAUUGACAAAGAGACUAUAUCAUCAAAAAGUCAUUGAGCAUUACACGAACCCAAGGAAUGUUGGUUCAUUAGAUAAAUCCCAAGGAAACGUUGGUACCGGUAUAGUUGGUGCCCCUGCAUGUGGGGACGUCAUUAAAUUACAAAUACAAGUGAAUGAUGAUACGGGGAUUAUUGAGAAUGUUAAAUUUAAGACAUUCGGUUGUGGAUCUGCAAUUGCAUCGUCAUCUUAUAUGACUGAAUUAGUUAAUGGGAUGUCUAUUGAUGAUGCUCAAAAGAUUAAGAAUAUUGAAAUUGCGAAGGAAUUAUCUUUGCCUCCUGUGAAAUUGCAUUGCUCCAUGUUGGCUGAAGAUGCUAUUAAGGCGGCUAUUAAGGAUUAUAGAACCAAGAGAACGAAGGCUACAACCCUACAUUAA